CUAUUGAUAGUAUCCCAGCUCUAAUUUGCGUUGUUAUUUAACUUCCGUCAAAUAUACUGAAUUCGUGACGGUCCUUUUUGAAAUGGGUUUGUUUACCAAAGCUGAAGCGGGGGCGCCAGAAGAGGAUCCAGUUGAGGUCACGAAGGCAACAUCUUCAGGGUCAACAAAUGAUGAUGGUGUAAGUAAUAACAGCAAAACCAAAGAAUGGGGUUAUGACUUGUAUCCUGAAAGAAGAGGUGAGACAUUUAAGCCCAAAUGGUCACGCAUACUGCUUGGCAUGGAGGGAAGAGAAAAUAUUGAUAAGGUAAAAUGUGAACGAAACGUGUUUUGGUGCGUCAAAAACAGUCCUUUGGUAAAGCUAAUGAUGGGAGCUUUACGGAGUUCAGGUUGUCCAAUCGACUUGCGGCGGCAUAUUUCCUGCGAAGUGUGUGAUACGACCGUCACUGGUGGCUAUGAUCCAAUGCUAAAUCAAAUUGUGGUAUGCCAGAAUAUGGCACGAAAUGAAGGCAUGGUUCAGGGUGUCCUAACUCAUGAAAUGAUACAUAUGUUUGAUUACUGCAACAAUGAUUUGGACUUUCGGAACAUUGACCAUUUGGCAUGUACUGAAAUAAGGGCAGCAAAUUUGGCACAUUGUUCUUUUUUAAGUGCUAUGAUGCAAGGCGAUGCUUCUAUAUUUGGCAUUAAACAAGCGCAUGAGAAUUGUGUAAAAACAAAGGCGCUGCAAUCAGUUUUGGCUGUGCGAAAUGUGGGUAAAGUUGAAGCGAUUGAAGCAGUGGAACGGGUAUUUCCAAAAUGCUACGCCGAUCUAGAGCCUAUAGGUCGUCGAAUACGACGCAACUCUCCCGAUCAACAUAGAGCUUACAUGGAAGGACCAAUGUACGGAUAUGAUGUAUAGCGGGUGUAUACUGAUAUCCACAUGAUUUUUGUAUAAUUUAUACGGUUGAAAAAGUUCUGAAGAUCUAAUAUUUAUUAAGUUAAUGGCCUAUAAUAGGGAUAUACGUUUGUACUAAAGGGCUGCAUGAAUGCACGAACAACAAACUGAAUCGCAACAAAUUUAAGCAUGCAUACAUUCACGCCGCUAGAAGAGCAAAUCUCGUGUCUGGGUAAGAAAAAGACAGAAUCUCAUGAAUCAGAACAACAAUGAGUUCGCUCAACUCAUAGCAUUCUCACAAGCAAUGAUCCACCCUCGGCAUAAUUCCUUAACCAAAGAGGUUGCUUGGGUUGGUGUGAAUUAAUUCUGCGCAGAAGGAGGUCAGUUCAAAAUGGCUCCUCGACGAGUAUGGUCGCGCUGACCUGUCGAGGUUUUAUAAAGCAAAUGUUAAAUUAAAAUACACACAAAAAUGAUAUCGUUUCAUUAA